AUGGGUUGGAGCGUGAAGGUCGGCCUAUGGUUCAUCGAGUGUAGUGGCAAGCGGCCUUGGCCUUUGAAGCCGAGGGACCUGCAGGCGAUCAUGGAGCCCGAAGGGUACAGGCUGUGGUCCGCCGAGGUAUGGAUGACGAGCAGUGCCAUCUUCGUUCUGGUCUCGUUACAUUCGAUGAAGGACAUUGGCGCGCGGGGGCAGGACAAGCAGGGCCACAACUUUGGCGAAAAGACCCUGUGCGAGGAGGAUGGCAUCAUCCUGCCGCCCGUCACCGCUCCGCCGCACGUCAUGGGUGGGGUUAGGGCCAGGGACAAGGGCGACUUCGACGGCAAGUCUCCCUCCGAUAGCGGUCCAUAUGAGUUCGCCACGCGGCCCUGCUUCGGCAAUGGCAAGCAGGGCGACGCCGCGAAGGACCCGCUGGAGACAUGGGCGAACAGCAAGAAACAAACGAAGGAGGACCGAACAGUGUUCCGGUCCUCUUCCGAUGGGCACAAUCAGAACAUCAGUGACAUUCGUGAGAAGCUUGUAGUUCAGGGCAAGAGCAUCCAGCAAGCCUUCAAGUCCAUGGAGCAGGAGGGCCUCCUCGAGAGGCUGGACGCAAGUCUGGAGGCCAAGCUGGACGAGAAGCUGAAGGCGCUCAGCUCGCAGACCCCGGCCGCAGGCUUCAGCGCGCUGGUGGGGCUGGCGCUCGCUGCCGGCCUGCAGGAGGCCGAGAAGGCCGCGCCGGUGCCCGUCGUGGGCGGCAUCUUGCCAGAGGGGGCGGCCGCGAAGGCGGGCGCGCAGGUGCGCGUGGCGAGCUCAGACUGCGAGGCGUACAGGGUGCGCAUGUUCGAUCUGGCCGCCGCGGCCCACUUCUCCGACAGGGCACCCAGCUGGUUCUACCACUUCCGGUCCCUGGAGAAGGAGGCGCGGCAGAGCCUCGGGGCCAAGCUGGCCAGCGCGCGGGAGGUGAUGAAGCUUCGCAUGCCGCACCCCGUCACCAGCGACAUCAUCGACUGGUCCGACCGGCGCCACCAGAGCGUGAGCCGCGCGCGGAAGAUCCGGUAUGCGCGGGCGGACUCGCUGGACAAAAACGCUGCCUUCGAGCUGCCCAUGCUGGCGCCCGCGGAUUUCGGCACCACCGCAUUCCGGUCGCGAGCACAG